AGAUAAACUUUGGUUAAUAUGCUCAAAUCGAUCUUAUCAUUCGGGAGCGGUGCAUUAGCAGGCAAAGGCACCCUACCAGAGUACCAGUCAACAGCCACCGUUUCGAUCUUCGCCACACCGCUCGGCGCUCGCCUCCGCCUGAUUCCCAUCUUUCCCGAGCUCCACACCUCACGUCUAUAAAUAAGGCGCCCGCGGUGCCCAUCAAUUCGCGUCACCGCGUCCCGAGAGCGCGAUUCAUUCCGCGCGACGCAAAACCCUAGCCCAUCCACCGAUCCUUGUCAUGGCGGCCACCACCAGCCAGGCGAGCCUCCUCCUGCAGAAGCAGCUCAGAGAUCUCGCCAAGCACCCGGUGGAUGGGUUCUCGGCUGGGCUGGUCGACGAUAGUAACGUAUUCGAGUGGCAGGUCACCAUCAUCGGCCCGCCCGAUACCCUAUAUGAUGGAGGGUACUUCAAUGCAAUAAUGAGCUUCCCAGAAAAUUACCCAAACAGCCCGCCAUCAGUCAGAUUUACCUCUGAAAUGUGGCAUCCAAAUGUUUAUUCAGAUGGGCUGGUGUGUAUCUCUAUUCUUCAUCCACCUGGUGAAGAUCCAAGUGGUUAUGAGCUCGCAAGUGAGCGUUGGACACCUGUGCAUACAGUUGAAAGCAUAGUUCUGAGCAUUAUAUCAAUGCUCUCUAGUCCAAAUGACGAGUCUGCAGCAAACAUUGAGGCAGCUAUAUCCUUCGAUUGUUAAGAAGGAAUGGAGGGAUAAGAGGGAGGAUUUCAAGAAAAGGGUCAGGCGCAUCGUGCGGAAAUCACAGGAAAUGUUAUGAAGAAAAUGGAAUACUGGGGAAGUCAACCGUGCCAUGUCAGGCUACGAGAUUUUGCUUUCAACCUCAAAAUGCUCAUCUGACAUCUUGUGUAUUUUCCAUUUAGCGUCUGUUCAUUGGUGCACCAGAAAUGCAUUGGGACGUGGUGUAUCGUGUGGCCUGGGCUCUACUAAUGUUUGACAAUCCUGAAGUGCCACCAGUGGUGAACCUGGUAUAAGCAGGCGCCAUUCAUGUCAGCUAAUCGUUGAGAAAACAUAUCAGUGAAAUCGUGCAACUGUUAGUGUAAUGAGGCAGUUCCUGCUUACAUAUUAUUACUCGUGCUACCUGUCUACAGUGUCUUGAAUGCAUGGAAUGUCUUGAAUUUUACCUGUUU